AUGUUUCUGGUGGAUUGGUUCUUCGACGUGCUGUGUUCAUUGGGGCUUUGGCAGAAGGAGGCCAAGAUCCUCUUCCUCGGCCUCGACAACGCCGGCAAGACCACCCUGCUCCAGAUGCUCAAGGACGAGAGGCUGGCUCAGUAUAUGCCGACCCAGCAGCCGACCUGCGAGGAGCUGAGCAUCGGGCGGAUCAUGUUCAAGGCCUUCGACCUCGGCGGUCACCAGAUCGCGCGCCGUGUCUGGAAGGACUACUACGCCAAGGUCGACGCAGUCGUGUACGUGGUGGACGCUUUCGACAAGCAGCGGUUCGCCGAGUCCAAGGCGGAGCUGGACGGCCUCCUCUCCGCCGACGAGCUUUCCGGCGUGCCCUUCCUCGUGCUGGGCAACAAGAUCGACCUCGCGUACGCGGCAUCCGAGUUUGAGCUGCGCCACCAUCUCGGGCUGGACUACUACACCACCGGCAAAGGCAACGUCGAUCUCGCCGGCACCGGCAGACGGCCCAUCGAGGUCUUCAUGUGCAGCAUAGUCCGGCACAUGGGAUACUACGAAGGCUUCACCUGGAUGACGCAGUACAUCAAGUAG